AUCUUCGGACGAUUCGCAGUGCGUAAGCGCAUGUUGUAUGGGAAAUAAGUGAAGUUAGCGCUAAAAAGUUUAUUUACUUGUGUGAUGAAAAAUAACUGUGUACCCGUGCUUACUUAAUAUGGAUAACCAUGAAAGUGACACAAAUCAAGCAAAAGAAAAUAACAAGUUUACCUCAUCGCAUAAAAACACAGCACAGGAAAUUGAUAAAAUAAGUAGCAAGAAUAUUAAAAAGGACGCAAAUAUUAACAUAUUUCUUAUCGUAUGUAUCGUUGGCGUUUCUUUGGGUAUAUUAUUAGAAAUAUUGAAUGUACAGAACAGAAAUAAUGGGGUUCAGAGACCGAAGUAUUGGGUGUACUCCGAUCACAGUGACGUUGACAACAAGAAUGGUAUUCUCAAACAUGUACAUCUAGUGCUAGAUCGAUACGGGUACGAAAAGAGCACCAACACAUCUUCAUGGAACCUCCUUUGGUCACACGACUACCCCUUCCGAGUACUGUAUCCGAAUCUUCACAGAUUGAAGCCUUACCAAAAGGUGAACCAUUUCCCAGGCACAGGGUUCAUAACGAACAAAGUGGAUUUUGCCACCUCCAAUUCAAAGUACAUUCCCAAAGCAUUCAAAUUGCCUCAAAAUAAGAAAGAGUUUUUGGAGUACGCAUCGAAAAACAAAGAUGCGCUGUUUGUUGAGAAGCAUAAUCAGCACAGACAGAUAUUUAUAAAAAAUGUGAGCGAAAUUGACCUGUCGAGUGGACGAAGCUUUGUGCAGGAGUACCUGCAGAAACCGUACUUGGUGGAUGGGCACAAGUUCGACAUUGGUGUGUACGUGGUGCUGACUUCUGUGGACCCUCUGAGGGUUUACUGGUACAAGGGUGACGUAUUGUUUAGAUACUGUCCAGCAAAGUAUUACCCAUUUGACCCUAAGAACCUGGACAAAUAUGUGGUAGGAGACGACUACUUGCCCACGUGGGAAGUGCCGUCUCUAGCGCACCCUUACACGGCCUUGGGAUUCAGCAUGAAGAACGCUUUCGACCAUUAUGCUCGCUCUAAGGGCGACGAUCCAUCAAAAAUGUGGGAAGACGUGAAAAAAGCUGUCGCCGAAGUUUUUAUUAACAAAGAAAAACACAUCAUUGAAGCAUUGAAGAGCUACCCAUCAUCGGACAACUUCUUCGAAAUGAUGCGAGUCGAUCUGGUGGUGGAUGAGAACCUGAAAGUGCAUCUUCUGGAAGCGAACAUGUCUCCGAAUCUGAGCUCAGCCCAUUACCCCCCGAACCAGCUGUUGUACGAGCAAGUGCUUUAUAACUUGUUCUCUAUCACGGGGGUUGGGACAAUUAUAAACAGACACAAGGAUCCUAACCAAAGCGAUCAAGCCGCAGCGAAUAUGGUGUCAUCUCAAAAGAACAUAGCCGUUUGGGGUGACGAGUGCAGUACAGUCUGCAAGGACAACUGCGAGUCUCUCUCGGUCUGUGCAUUAUGCAAACCCUGCAUCGCCAGCAAACUGCGGAACAGUUUGCUCAAGGCGCAUAGAGAAUAUUUGCACCAGGGCGACUUUAGGAGACUUUUCCCUCCAGCUAUGAAACAAAAUACAAUGUAUGAAGAAGCCCUCCAAAGUUUGAGUGAAAUGAACAAGCUCCAACAUCUGUGGUACCAAGGAAAAUGCAAUGAAGAUGUGUCAUGGUGUACAUAAAAACUAAGUCAUUACAUUUAAAAUCUUAUUUAUUACAAAAUAUAACAUUUUGUUUUCCUUGAUCUAAAUUCCAAACUUAUUUAAGAACAUUGAACCAUAGAUUGUAGCAGGCCCAAAAUGUAACUGCCCAAAUCCUCAUCUUGGUUUGUCCAAGACACAUAAAUACUUUUAGUAUUUUCAUCUCCUUCAACUUUUAUAAGCACUGAUUCAACAGAUAUGUUACCAUCGGAUAUGGUUAUUGUCCAGCCCUCCAGUUUUUCAGAUAGUAGUGCCUUUAGUUUUUCUGCAGUCUUGACAGCUGGGCCUGGAUCAUCAAAUCGUACUGUACUUGUGAACCGAAUUACAUGCCUGUUGAUACCUAUUUCAUCAUAUACUUCAUCAAUAUCCAACAAUGAAAGUCUGUUGUCUUUGACACACAGAAUCCCAUUCACAACACGUCGCCUUUUUGGGUCUGGGGGCAAAGCAUUGUACCUCACAGCCUCAGCCUUCAGUAGUCUCAGAGAAACAUCCACAGGGAGCUUUGUUGGAGUAUUUAUCACAGUUGUUUCACCAUUAGCUGGCAUGUAGCAGUUUAUUUUAAAUUCUUUUUCAAUCUUGUCUUUCAAAAAUUCCAUUUUCUGGGCUUCACCAUGUACCAAUAGCACAUUUUUAGGCUCACAAUACUGUAUUAGUUGCAUGAUGCCUUUGGCAUCAGCAUGGGCUGAGAAUGACAUGUACUCAACAGCCAUUUUAACUUCAACAACUUGGCGAUUUUCAAAUUCAACUUUCUUAGCCCCAUUUAGAAUUUUGUGACCAACAGUUCCUUGGACACAGAAACCAGGCAUAAUAACCAUGUUUUGCUCAUAAGGUGCCCAUUUUUUAAAGAUAUUCAAUGAUAAUCCAGCAUGUAACAUUCCUGGUGUAGCAAAAACCACCAUGGCGCCUGGGUUAUCAAUGUAGGUCUUAUCAAAAGGCUUAAUGUGCUUGAAAUCAAACAUAUUUCUUUGUACAAAUGUCUUCCUAAUCUUUUGAUUAGUCCAAGUAAUAAACAUUUUGUAGUAAUUGUUAGCUUUUUCAGUCAGUCCCAAUGCAAAGUAAACUGGAUACUUUAAAUUCAUUCUCUCCCAAUAAGUUUCCAGUAAAAUGCAAAGUUCUUGAGCUCUGCCCAAUGCAAAUACAGGAAUGAGGACUUUUCCACCUUUUUCUACACAUUCAUGCACUUUCUUUAGAAAAUCUCUCUCACGACAGCGUUUUGAGUCUCGAAUGGUAGUGGCAUAAGUUGACUCUGUUAUCAAUAAAUCGGGACGGCAUUUAUCAAUCCAAGCUGCACCUAGAUGCCUGUCCGGGGUCAUGUUGUAGUCUCCGGUGUACACAACAGAUUGGGAGCCAACUUUGAUCCAAAACAUAGCAGCUCCAAGCACAUGACCAGCAUAAUAUGCCUUUAUUUCUAAAUCAUUAUCCACCAUGACUGACUGAUGCAGUGUGACAGCAGUCACCUUCUUGAUGCAGUCCUUUAUCAUUUGAGAAGUAAAAAAA